AUGCGUCGUGUUGUUGUAACGGGUUUAGGCGCAGUCACACCUCUGGGUGUAGGGGUCCGUCGCACCUGGACACGCCUGCUGGAUGGUCAUUGCGGUAUUGUCAAUGUGAAGCAUCGCGAUGCUCGGUUCGCGGACUUGCCUUGUCAGAUCGCCGCUGUGGUACCUGCGGGCUCCCGGCAGGAGGGCGGUUGGACAGCUUCGGAAUGGCUAAGCAGAGAUGACGAGCGGAAGAUGGCUCGGUUCGCUCAGUAUGCCAUGGCUGCCUCCGAGGAAGCGCUGGAAGAUGCCGGUUGGAAGCCUACGUCGUUCGAGGAGAGGGAAGCUACGGGUAUCUGUCUGGGUUCCGGGAUUGGGAACUUUGAUGAGAUCUAUGACACGGUCGUGGCAUAUGACAAGGGGGGGUACAGAAAGGUAUCUCCAUUGUUUGUCCCAAAGCUCCUGAUCAAUUUGGGCGCUGGUCAUCUCUCUAUGAGAUAUGGGUUUAUGGGCCCCAAUCAUGCCGUCACAACGGCCUGCACGACCGGAGCGCAUUCGAUUGGCGAUGCAGCUCGUUUUAUCACGUGUGGUGAUGCGGAUGUGAUGCUCGCUGGCGGUGCGGAGUCAUGCAUUCAUCCAUUGGCCAUUGGCGGCUUUGCUCGAGCCAGAAGCCUCGCCACCGAUUUUAAUGACGCCCCGGAAAAGGCAUCGAGACCCUUUGAUGCAGACCGGAAAGGAUUUGUGGUUGGUGAAGGAGCGGCCAUGCUAGUGCUAGAGGAAUUGGAGCAUGCAAAGGCCAGAGGUGCUCGCAUUUACGCAGAGCUGAAAGGCUACGGCUGCUCCGGCGAUGCCCACCAUAUGACAGCGCCUAAGGAAAAUGGCGAGGGGGCAUGGAUGGCGAUGAAGAAGGCUCUAAAAAAUGCAAAACUCCCACCGUCUGCUGUCGACUAUGUCAAUGCACACGCUACGUCGACUGUGGUUGGGGAUGCUGCGGAAAAUGCAGCAAUAAAGUCUCUCCUUCUCGGCCCUGGAGGGAAGCAGAACGCGGCUGAGAUCAAUGUCAGCAGCACAAAGGGGGCUGUAGGUCAUUUACUCGGUGGCGCUGGUGCUCUGGAGUCGUUAUUCACAGUUCUUGCUAUCAAUGAGAAUGUGAUGCCACCGACCAUCAACUUGGACCGUCUGGCGGAAGGCUUUGACUGCAACUACGCUCCCAACCAGGCACAAGAGCGUCAGAUCACAGUAGCACUAACAAACAGCUUUGGAUUUGGAGGCACGAAUAGCAGUCUGUGUUUCUCGAAGCAUGGAUUAUGA